CUAUGAAACAAACCUUGUAUACAAUUCGCAUCAGCUCAAAACUGGUUUAUCGCAUGAAUGUACACACCUAGCAAACGUACGUUAAUGAAGAUUGUAUGCACUUGUAUGCACAAACUAAAAUAAAAUAAAAUAGGUACUUAUGACAUGCUACCAGUUGCAUUGGUUCCAACGGUUUUAACCGACUUCCAAUAGACUAACCUACAAUAACCACUUGUUGCUUCAUACAAACACUAAUCACACAAAAUAUAACACAAAAUCAAAAUGGAUAACAGAAAACCGAAUUCCUAUGAAGAGAUUGGCAUUAUUGGCACAGGUGCCUAUGGAAUGGUAUUCAAGGCUUAUGAUAAAAACACCAAUACCUAUGUUGCCCUCAAGAAAGUAAAGGUCCCACUGACUGAAGAUGGUGUCCCAAUGAAUACACUUCGAGAAAUAGCACUACUGAAACAACUAGACUCCCAUGAACAUCCCAACAUAGUAAGAUUACUGGAUGUUUGUCAUGGUCAAAAGCUAGUGAAUGAGCUAAUCAUGUUUCUGGUUUUUGAACACCUUGAAGAAGAUCUGGCUUCAUAUCUCAAUAAAAUACCCAAUAAACAUACUCUGGGAUCAGUCAGAAUCAGACAAAUGGCUGAAGAAAUCCUCAAAGGUGUAGAUUUCCUGCAUUCACACAGAAUUAUCCAUAGGGAUUUAAAACCACAGAAUAUUUUAGUCUCAAAUGGACAUUUAAAGCUGGCUGAUUUUGGUUUAGCUAAAAGUUAUGAUUUUGACAUGAAACUGACUAGAGUUGUGGUUACAUUAUGGUAUAGAGCACCAGAAGUGCUCUUGGAAGUAUCCUAUGCAAGUCCAGUUGAUGUCUGGUCAGUUGGAUGCAUUAUUGCUGAGCUAUAUUCAUUGACACCACUGUUUGUGGGCGAAUCCGAAAUUGAUCAGUUGAAUAAAAUAUUCAAAAUUUUGGGUAAACCAGAGGAGAGUGAAUGGCCUGCUGAGAAUCCAGUACAAUAUAAUUCAUUUGAGGUGAAGAAUCAUGUUACUAUCAACAAACAAAUCACGAAUUUGUGUGAGAAUGCACAUGAUUUGAUUAUGAGUAUGCUUAAGUUUGACCCUGCGAAAAGAAUCAGCGCGUCCAAGGCGUUAGUUCAUCCAUAUUUUACAGAAGAACCUCUUAAUUCUUAAUUUAUCUCAUUACUUUUUUACUUUGAUCUGAUUUUCAAUAAAAAUAUGUUUUACUCUU